AUGGAUCAAUUUCAAGUAUUAUCAGCUGUUUGUAAAAAAUUAAAUAAUGAUGUUGAAUCACUUGUUAAUCAAAUGUCAAUACGUGAAUCUGCAUUAGCACAAGCAGAUGCACGUCAACAAUCACAAGAUGAUCAACUUCGUUCAUUUAAUAUGGAUUUACAAAUAAAAUUAUCUAGAGCAGAUACAGUUAUACAAAAAUUACAAGUUGAUAUUGAACAAAUUUCUCAUGGACUUCGAGAAGCUAUUAAUAAUCAACAAGAAUUCAAUCGAUCAAGCGUACAACGUCAACAAGAAUUAAAAGCAGAAAUUUCAACAUUAACUCAACGUAUUGAUCGAAUGUUUAAUGAACAACAAGUUCUUCUACGUACAUUUGAAACCGAUACGGCACGUGCAUUAUCAACAGCUGAUUCUCGUGCACAUGCAUUUGUCGAUGAACUUCGUAGUCAAAUGUUACAAAGUAAAGCUCAAAAAUCUAGUGAACAAGAACGAAAUGAACAACGUAUCAAUCAAAAACUUGAUGAAAUUAAACGGUCAUUAGAUAAUUAUGAGCGAUAUGAAAAACGUAUUGAUGAUGCUAUGCAGCAAUUUGAAAGAAAGACUUUUUCUGUCGAUGAUCAUUAUAAACGAGCUAUGGGAGAUUUAAAUCAAAAUAACACAUCUAUCGAGCAUGAUGUAUAUAAACGUUUCGAUGAUAGAUAUCAACGAACAGUAUCUAAUUUAGAUAAAGUCAAAAAAGAAAUGCGAACUUGUUUUGAAUCACUUGAAAAUUCGGUACAAACAUUACAGCGUAUAACUGAUAAACGUAUUAAAAAUACAGAAGAAAAACUUGAAAAACAAGUUCAACAAUUACGAAAAGAAAUCGAUAUCAUGUGA